UCUGGAUGUCCAUCAAAAAACAUGUUUAGUUACUGGUUUUGAUUUGCUUGGCCACCGAUAGGGGGCGGUAGAUCAAAAUCCAGUAAGCUUUCAAUUUUGGUUCUUGAGAUUUUCCCCAGUCUCCCUCUUUUUGGUUGGUUUCCUUUGGUUUGGUUUGGUUCCAUUCUUCUUCUUUCCAAACCAAUCCCAGCCAAGAUUUGUUUCUUCUUUUACUUUUCCUCCCAUAUAUCUUCUCAUCUUCAUCUUUCAUGCUUAAUCUUUGCUUUCAUUUGAAGUGGAAGGUUUUAUAGUACUGCAAAAUGAAUCAAGGAGGUGGUGGAGGAGGAGCAGGAGGAGGGUCGAUAAAAAUGUCCUCAACCGCUGUGAAAGGCCAGAUGAAAGGCCUCCUUAAAGGACUAAGAUACAUUUCACAAAUUUUCGAUGAGGAUGAAGAAAAGGAGAUACAAAUUGGGUUUCCGACAGAUGUAAAGCAUUUGGCGCAUAUCGGAUGCGAAGAUGGAAAGGCGAAUCCACCUAGCUGGAUGACAGAGUUUAAAGAUUCACAACCAUCUUCGCCGAAAGCAAAGACAUCUGAAGGCCUAGAUAGUGGUAAUAAUAGUGACACCAAUAGUAGUGUAAGAGGAGAUGGAAAGAAAAGCCACGCUAGAAAGUCGAGGCAUCGUUCAUCGGACAGCCAAUCUUCAAUAAGCUCUCCAACACGAGAGGAAGGAUCGACCAAGCCAUCACGACGACACCAUUCUUCGGAAACUUCUAGAAGACACAGUCGUCAUUCGACAGAAGAAGAAGAUAGCAACAAACCACCAACUAAACACACACAUCGCAGAAAGACCAAAACGUCGGAGGAUAAAGACAAAGAAUCUUCUUCAACAAGAAAGCCUCGAAGGUCCUCUAAGGCUGGUUCCUUAACUGAUCUCUCGUUCACGAAUCUUGCGCCGGGGCCUGGGCCUGGAUCUGUUUCAGGGCCUUUAGCCUAAUAGUGUGUGCUGGCAUUAAUAAUUCAGUUUUAGAGAGAUUUCAGGAGCAGGAUAUAUUCUUCUCUUGUUAAUAUAUUAUUAUUAUUAUUAUCACAUUAUAUCAUCAUCAUCAUUUCAUCUUU